AUGAGGAAAAGAAAAAAGAGCACUAUUAACAACAGCCAAGAAAUGGAAACAGCUUCAAUGUCCACUGAUGGAUGGAAUGGUGCGGGCCCCGGAAACCGCUGCUGUUCGUGGGGUAGACUCAUCGCAGCGAGGCCAGAGGGCAACAGUGACAGAGGCUGGGGCGGGGGCCGCGGCAGCGAAGAUGGCCCAGUCGUCGCCUUGAUCAUCCCUGUUCGGUGUUUUACCUGUGGGAAGAUUGUCGGCAACAAGUGGGAAGCCUGCCUGGGACUGCUGCAGGCCGAGUACAGUGAGGGGGGUGCCCUGGACGCACUGGGUCUGAAACGCUAUUGCUGCCACCAAAUGCUGCUAGGACACGUGGACCUGAUUGAAACGCUCCUCAACUAUGCACCCCUGGAGAAGUGACCACUGGAGAAGAGUGCUGACUGUGGUGAACACGUCCUGCUGCGUUCAAGCUGAGGCACUGAAGAGGUGGCAGCAC